UGGAAAAAUGAUGGCGGCGGUUCAAACGAAGCAAGAUCUUGAGGAGGAUUAUUCGUUACUGCCGGUGGUUCACGACAUCAUUAAGUGCAUAGACAAAGACAGUGCUGAUGUGCACCAAGAGCUGAUCAAACUCAAAUCUAAGAUUCAGGAAGCCCGAGACCAAAUCAGCUCCAUGCCUGGGAUUGACGUGAGUCCAGCGGUGCAGCAGCAGCAGCUUCUGACGCUACGAGAGCAAGUGCGGACUAAGAAACAGCUGCUGAAAAAGUACAAGAGCCUCUGCAUGUUUGAAGUGCCAAAAGCUUCAUAAGGACAAACAUUUUUUUCUGAGGCCUAAGGACACUUCCUGAGAGGAAUGUAACAUGGAGAACGAAGCUAAUGUGGGAAUACCAUGCUUUAUCUGGAACAGUUAGAGACUUACUGAUAUGUUUUAUAAUUUGGGCCGUUCAAAUGGACGGAAUCUGCCGAAGGUGCCUCAAAAGCUAUUCUGCCAGUGAUUUUUCUAGCCUAUAUCCUUAAAGGGGAACUCCACUGAAUUUUCAAAAAUUUAGCAUAAUUAAAUGGUUAAGAUGUAAACAAAGACAUUCAGAGUGGAUUGAUUGGA